UGAUGGUGGGACCGGUUGGACGGAUGGGAGGUGAGAACGGUGAGAACCGAGUUUCAAAACAAGUAGUCCGACAAAGUGAUUGUAAAUAAACAUGUUCAAAGUUUAAUCACAGCAGACAGUCAGCGACGCUAGAUCUACGGAAAUACGAAUCAGCAGAUAAAUUCUACACGAUAAACAGUUCUUUUGAAAAACAAAGGAAAUGAUAUACACCAUAAACACCAUGAACGUAUGCAGUAAUUUUUGAUAAUUUGCCCAUCAAAUCUGUCAGCGCUGCGUACAAUGUGGCACGAUGGGUUUUCCUAAAAUAACUGUAGAUACAGCACUAUGCAUAGGUUUUUAUGUAUCCUGUCUGUGUUACUCGUUUUAUAAAGUAUUUAAAAUAAGCAACGAUGGUCUGCAGAAUUACUAUUAUCUUGAGGAAGGAUGGUCCUUUUUCGGAGGCCGUCGUCGGGAUGACUAUGAUUGGGAGUGGGAAAUUUACAAGAAAUACGCGAUUGAUAAUGCGUUCAUUUUUGUGUUUCAUGCAGUGUCUUUUGAGCUGAUACGCAUUUUUCGUAUAAAGCAUAUUUCUUUGGUGCUAUCCUUGAUUGGCUGUGCCGCUACUCUAUAUAAUUACGGUAUAAAAGUUCUGGUAAUUUUGUUGUUACAAAACAUAACAUUCUUUGCCAUAAGCAGCUGGAGUAAAAAAGUACGGUUUCUAUGGGCAAAAGCAUUUUUCUGGAUAGCGGUUAUCAAUAGUACAAAACUAUUGUAUUUUUACGAUCAGCUAAACUUGCUGCUAGAUAUCGACAAUGAUAAAUUGUUAGAGUUUAGUAUAAUCAUCUCAUGGAACGUAAUCAAAUGUACGAGUUUCUGCCUAGAUAAGGCCGCAGCUAAAAGUAAAGGAGAAAAUUAUCGAUUAACAGAUCUCCUUGGGUACUCGUUCUAUUUUCCUCUGCUUCUGUAUGGACCGGUAAUAAUUUAUACUAGGUUUAAAGAAUGCCAAAAAGUCAGUUACGAACACGACAAUCUACACACAUUAAACCGUUUCAAAAAACUGUUUUGUCAGCUGAUAGUUUGUGUACUCUGGGCGCUUAUAAUGGAGAUUGGACAACAUCUUUUCUACAUUAAUAUUAUUCACUUGGAUCUGAAAUUGAUACAGCAAACGAAUUUAUGGGUUUUGUAUGGAUUAGGCCUUCUUAUGGCACAUUUUUUCUUCGUGAAAUACGUGAUAUAUUAUGGAAUUGGUAUUGCUUUCGGAGUCUUCGAUGGAAUCGAAAUGCCGCAAAAACCGAUCUGCAUUGGGCGAGUUCAUUUGUACUCCGAUAUGUGGAAGUUUUUUGACCGAGGUUUAUAUGAAUUUUUGUUUAGAUAUAUCUACACUCAGCUUUGCACAAAAACAUCUUCUGGCGUUCGAAAAAUAAUGGCUAGUUUAGCUACGUUUAUGUUCAUAUAUGUGUGGCAUGGCUUAUACACAUUUGUGAUGAUUUGGUCCGCUUUGAACUGGAUUUGUGUUGUAUUAGAAGGUUUUGUAAAGAACAUUUUUGGUAACAAUACUCGGUUAGGAGCACUCGUGGGGACACAUGUUUUCAUAUUAUCAGUUCUAUCUAACUUUUUCUUUUUUGCAAGAGAGGAAGUUGGUUACGUUUACAUCAAAAGAACUUACUUUGAAAGCAUAAGCAACUACGCAGUUCUUUACAUAGUGACAUAUUGUUUCUAUCGAACAGGAGAAUGGAUAAAAUCUAUCGAAAGUAACCGAAAAAGUUUAUUCAAAAAGACUUACUAAUAAAAAGCAGAUGAAAAAUUAUUA